AUGCCCCGCUCACGGCAACCCGCUCGGUUCUCGAGCGAAGCUCCUUCCGAGUCGUCAUCCUCGUCAUCCCCGGACCGGAACGCUGAUGACGACACCGAUUUCUUCACAGCCCAGGCAAAUGAUUCGCAAUCGUCCGUUGGCGGCAUCGCAACCUCCCGCGACGUACACGCACAAAAUGGGCAGUACGUGCUCCCGCCGAUCGGCCGUCUUCCCCCGGAAAUCCUGAUCGCCAUAUUUGCAAAGCUCAGCUCGCCGGCCGACAUGUUGAGCUGCAUGUUGAGCAUUACGACGACAGUUGGGAAAGAAGACAGCUUCUUCUCAUACUCCGAUCUGAUCAAGAGAUUGAAUCUUUCUGCCCUGAUGGCGGAAGUCAGCGACGGCACUCUUGUACCCUUCGCACAAUGUAACCGGAUCGAGCGGUUGACUUUGACCAACUGCUCGAAACUGACAGACAAGGGAGUGUCGGAUCUAGUGGAAGGCAAUCGGCAUUUGCAAGCCCUAGAUGUCUCGGAUCUGCGUUCCCUUACGGAUCACACUUUAUACACUGUGGCCAGGAACAGUCCUCGGCUCCAGGGGCUCAACAUCACCAACUGUAUCAAAGUGACAGAUGAUUCGUUAAUUGUCGUAUCGGAGAAUUGUCGACACAUCAAAAGAUUGAAACUCAACGGUGUUAUACAAGUUACGGACAGAGCGAUUACAUCGUUUGCUCGGAACUGUCCGGCUAUCCUGGAGAUCGACCUGCACGACUGCAAGUCUGUCACCAAUCGCUCUAUAACUUCCCUCAUGGCUACCCUUCCCAACCUCCGCGAACUACGGCUCGCGCAUUGCACAGAGAUAGACGAUCUAGCCUUCCUAGAACUCCCAAAGCAACUCUCCAUGGACAGCCUCCGUAUACUUGAUUUGACAGCGUGUGAGCACAUCAGAGACGAUGCUGUAGAGCGCAUAGUUAGCUCGGCUCCUCGCCUACGAAAUCUUGUGCUUGCCAAAUGUAAAUUCAUCACCGACCGUGCAGUGGGGGCUAUAUGCAAGUUGGGAAAGAACCUGCAUUACGUUCACCUGGGCCACUGCUCGAACAUCACCGAUGCGGCUGUGAUCCAGCUUGUGAAGUCCUGCAACCGGAUCAGAUACAUUGAUUUGGCUUGUUGCGUUCGUCUGACGGACCGCAGUGUUCAGGAGUUAGCAACGUUGCCGAAACUGCGGCGGAUCGGUCUGGUCAAGUGCACUUUGAUCACCGAUCGCAGUAUCUCGGCACUAGCGCGGCCAAAGGCCUCGCCCCAUUCAUCCAUCAGUAGCCUGGAGAGAGUCCAUUUAAGCUAUUGUGUUAACUUGACCAUGCCUGGCAUCCACGCUCUACUCAACAAUUGUCCUCGACUCACUCACCUCAGUCUGACCGGGGUGCAGGAGUUCCUACGGGAUGAGCUUACCAAGUUCUGUCGUGAUGCACCUCCGGAAUUUACGCAUCAGCAGCGGCAAGUGUUCUGUGUAUUCAGUGGUGACGGCGUCAAGCAACUCCGCGACCACCUGAACCGAACCGUCCCUCCGGCCCGGGAGAUGAACGAGGCUACCAUGUAUGACGACGACGAAGAAUUAGACGAGGACGAGGGUCAAGUGACUGGCCUGAUGCAUGCGACAGCAAUUAACGACGACGAUGACGACUAUAUUGACAUUGGACAUCCUCAAGUCCUAACGAACGGCUUCCAUCCAUACAAUUCGCGUCGAAAUGAUGCCAUCCACUCUUGGUUACUGAGGCGGAUUAACGAGAUCCUGGACGCCACGCCUUCGGACCAGGAGUACCGAGCUUUGGACGAGGAAAAGCCGGAUGUCUUUGUCUUCGAUGACGUGUACUCGAACCUGACCACUUAUGGGGGUACCCUGAAGGAUGCAGACCUCGGCGUCUAUUUCGAAGGGACCAAUAUCAUCGUUUAUAUCCGUGGGUGGGAAGACGAGACAGAACAUUGGUGGGAAGCACCGAACGGGGUGCCGAUAAGUAGGGGAGGCGUGCUUGUGAACUCGCACUACGAUAGUGUCUCGACCGGUUUCGGGGCCACCGACGAUGGCGUCGGCGUUGUCACUUGCCUUCAGCUCAUUAAGUAUUUCACUACGCCGGGACAUGCUCCGCGGCGAGGUCUUGUGGUGCUGUUUAACAAUGGCGAAGAAGAUUUCCUGAAUGGCGCGCGCGUGUACAGUCAACACCCGAUCUCGAAGUUACCUCAUACUUUCCUUAACCUGGAGGGCGCGGGAGCUGGUGGACGGGCGACUCUGUUCCGGAGCUCUGAUUUCGAGGUCACGGGCCCGUAUAUGCGGUCGCCGCAUCCUUUCGGAUCGGUGCUCAGUGCUAAUGGAUUUGAUAUCGGAUUGAUCGCUAGUCAGACGGACUAUGUGGUUUUUCAAGGCAAUAUGGGCUUGCGUGGCCUAGAUGUUGCCUUCAUGGAGCCCAGAGCGAGGUAUCAUACGAAUCAGGAUGAUACUCGACAUACGAGCAAGGACUCGGUCUGGCAUAUGCUGUCGGCGGCUGUUGCUACGACUGAGGGACUUGUAUCCGACUCGACCGAUCGUUUCGACGGUUCGCCGAGCACUGAUGGGGGCGUUCCCAGUGGAUCUGGCUCCAAGGCUGUCUGGUUUGACCUGUUCGGAAGCACUUUUGUGGUCUUCCAGCUUCACACGCUGUUUGCACUGCUGGUGACACUGCUUAUCGUCGGCCCCCUUACUUUACUCUUUACGAGCAUCGCCCUUACAAAAGCGGACAAGAUGUAUCUGUUCAGGUCAUCGGCGAAGUCUGAAGACCAUUUCGACGUGGUGCCCCUGCAGGGCCUUCGGGGCUUCUUCCGCUUUCCGUUCCUCUUUGGAAUCCCGACCGUCGUCGCGGUGGGCCUGGCGUAUUUGGUUACCAAGGUCAAUCCGUACAUCAUUCAUAGUAGCGCUUAUGCGGUCUGGAGCAUGAUGGCGGCUGCUUGGGUCUUUUUGGCCUGGUUCGUUUCCCGUGUGGCCGACUUUGCUCGCCCGUCGGCCUUCCAUCGUAUCUACACCCUCACCUGGAUGUACAUUCUCUCCUGGGUUUCUGCUGUGAUUGCAACUGUGUAUGCAAACCAAAGGGGUCUGGCCGGUGGGUAUUUCAUCUUCUUUUUCCAUGCUGGUAUCUUCUUAGCCACGUGGAUCUCCUACCUGGAGCUCUUUGCCCUGCCGUCCAAAACCGAGUAUGCGAACCAGCUCAGGCCAGCUUCAGGACGGGUCAGUGGCCACGGGAGCCGCCGGGGUACGACUUCCGGCGAGGACGAUGGAGAGGAGGCGGAAGAGGAACCAACGGAGUCAACGUCCCUGCUGGGCAGUGGGCAGCGGACUACGUUUGCAAAUUAUGUGCGAGUUGGGGGAGAUAAUCAUGCGUUGGCAGACGAGGAGGUGGUCGAUCCCAACGUCUAUGGCCGCGAACAAGCCUGGAGUUCUGCUUUGCCCAAGUGGACGUGGAUCUUGCAGCUUCUUCUCACUGCUCCGAUUACCCUUAUCAUGGUCGGGCCCCUUGCGCUCCUGACGAUCAGUGCCAUCACCCAGACAGGACAGGACGGCGGUUAUCCGCUUUUCGCCUACGUCGCCAUCGCCAUAUUCACGACGAUUCUGCUCACGCCGCUUCUACCCUUCAUCCACCGGUAUACCUACCACAUCCCCUUGUUCCUGUUGGCGGUCUUCCUGGGUACCCUGAUCUACAAUCUCGUGGCUUUCCCCUUCUCAGAUUCCAGCCGGUUGAAACUUUACUUCGUACAGGAGGUCGACCUCGAUACCGGCGUCAACCGCGCCACCUUUGCCGGGCUUUCUCCGUUCGUGAAAGAUGUCACUCAGGACCUGCCCAGCGCCGCCGGCCAAGACAUAGCCUGUGACUGGCACACUAAGAGGAGGAACCUGCUGUCCUGCUCCUGGGAAGGAAUUGCUCCACAGCCAGUGGAGGGCGACUACCCGAUGAAAGACUGGGUGUCCUUCAAUAUCUCCAAGUCCACCGAUAAGCCGCAAGCUCGGUUCGAGGUGUCUGGUCUGAACACGCGGGCAUGCAGGAUCGUUUUCGACACGCCAGUGAAGAACUUCCACGUUGCCGGAUCUGCAUAUGACCCGCGCUUUCCGUAUGACGCGGCCGGCGUCAACGAGAUCCGACUCUGGAGUCGCACCUGGGAGAACCAAUGGACGGUGGAUGUGGACUUGGACGAGGGUGCUCUGAAAGGCAAUGUCGUCUGUCUGUGGAGCGAUCAUAACCAGCCGGGGGUCAUUCCAGCGUUGGACGAAGCUAUCCAGUUUGCGCCGGUGUGGGCGGCCGUGACUAAAGUGAGCGAUGGGCUUGUGGAGGGCCGUCGUGCGUUUGAGAUCGGUAAUAAUGAUUGA